GCUUUGCUUGGAUGUCGAGCGCUAGGGUUUGGGGGAACUUCGACGUGCAAGGAGGCGUUUCCAGCGAGAGGAGAGAUGAAGGUGGUGGCGUUGGUGAGCGGCGGCAAAGAUAGCUGCUAUGCCAUGAUGCGUUGCAUCCAUUAUGGCCAUGAGAUCGUGGCACUGGCUAAUUUGAUGCCGCUUGAUGACUCUGUUGAUGAAUUGGAUAGCUAUAUGUACCAAACUGUUGGGCACCAGAUUAUAACCAGCUAUGCAGAAUGCAUGGGGAUUCCAUUGUUUCGGAGACGGAUACGCGGAUCGACAAGGCAUGCCCAUCUAAGUUAUUCAAUAACGCCAGGGGAUGAAGUUGAAGAUAUGUUUAUUUUGCUAAGCGAAAUCAAACAAUAUUUUCCCUUUAUAAAUGCAGUUUCUUCUGGUGCCAUUGCCUCUGAUUAUCAGAGGUUGAGAGUGGAGAGCGUCUGCUCAAGAUUAGGCCUUGUUUCUCUGGCUUAUUUAUGGAAGCAAGAUCAAACUUUGCUUCUUGAUGAAAUGAUAGAAAAGGGAAUCGUGGCCAUAAUAAUUAAGGUUGCAGCAAUGGGUUUGGUUCCAGCAAAGCACUUGGGAAAAGAACUUGCAGACUUGCAACCUCAUCUUUUGCAAAUGAAAGAGUUCUGUGGAAUAAAUGUGUGUGGCGAAGGAGGAGAAUAUGAAACCUUAACACUUGACUGCCCUCUUUUCAAAAAUGCAAGAAUUGUUCUAGACAAGUUUCAAAUAUUACUGCACUCUCCAGAUUCCAUUGCUCCAGUUGGCAUUCUUCAUCCCAUUGCUUUCCAUCUGGAGUACAAAAAGGAUAUUUCAUCUUUGAGGGGUGCUGGUGGAAAUAUAGAUGGUUCAGAUAAAAUGGAAUGUGUGCAUGUAGUGGAAGGGAGCUCCACAGAGAGUUGUAUUGUCAGGUGCCAGUCAUCACAUCCGGUGCCUGAUAAUUAUUCUUAUGAGCAUUUAAGACUAUGUAUUUCAACCACCAAACGAGAUGUGUUUUCCGUGGGCUGUUGGAUUGAAGGGCCUUCCCUAGGUAGGUGCUGCACUACAGGGCCUUCGGAAGACCUUACAGCUGUUCUCUGGAGAAUAGAAUCAUUACUCAGAACUGAAGGUUUUGACUGGGUGGAUGUUUUGUACAUUCACCUAUAUAUUUCUGAUAUGAAGCACUUUGCAUUGGCCAAUGAAGUGUAUGUGAAGUUUAUUACUGAAAAGAAGUGUAGCUUGGGUGUUCCAUCUCGUAGUACUAUUGAAUUACCUCUGAAACAAGUUGGUUAUGGUCAUGCAUAUGUAGAGGUUUUAAUAGCAAGUGACCGGAGCAAAAGAGUUCUUCAUGUUCAAAGUAUUUCGUGCUGGGCACCUAGUUGUAUUGGCCCAUACAGCCAGCACCGAUUGUUGAUACCAUCAACCCGGGUUGAAGAAGAUGAUGACACGAAGGAAUUGGGAUAUACUUCGAAGGACACCAUUCAGCCCACCCUCAUGGACAUUGAGCCCAUAGUCCAAGAGCGCAGUGUUUUGGAUGCAUUAAUGCAGAUGUUUGAUGAAAGGAGCAACACAUUCCAUUUGGGGGAUAGUUUUCUGCAAUUCAAGGCCGAAGAUGUUUCAUUAAUAUUAGGAUUACAAUGUGAUGGCAUCGCCAUUGACUUCAAAAGGAAAAAAAGGAACGCUUACUUUGUUCCACUCAUGGCCGACAGAGAAUUUGAAAUUGAACUUCUCGGAUAUGGAAAGGUUCAACGGAAUAACUCAUUGAUGGUUUCAGAGACAUCCGAUGCUAUGAAAGCACCUAAGUAUAUGAGGACAAGGCGAAGGAAAUUAGAUGGGAAAAUGAAGGGGGAGCCCUCCCGGGACGAAAAGGUCGACAUAGUAGGCGGUCGGAUAGCACCACGGUUGGAGUAUGGCCGUGAAUCGCUAUCCUCAAGUCCGAGUGAGGAAGGCCACAAAAAGGCGAGAACUAUGAAACUUUGA